AAGGCAAGCCCGUGCAGGGCUGUCCAAGAAACCCCAUCGACGAGACAAAACUCGAGGCGUGAACGUGGCAGCCAUUUUACAUCAUCAAGAGUGAAUGACUGAAGCCGGACCAGUGCCGGGAGUUUUACACUUUUUCUGUCUUUUAGAUAUCACAUUUAUCUUCCUAAAUAAUCAACACCAUAGGCGUUGGUGAUCCAGCGGCAGGUAGGGCAAAUGCUUCUGAUCAGCCACGUGAUUGUUGCUGAAUUGCUUGCUGAAAAGUCUGAAUCGUGCGGUGCUGUUUCAAACAAUGUGGAAACUGGUGGUGGUUGGGAACGAGUUCUCCAGACCGGCUUUUUGAAAAUGGACUCUUCCUAUAUGGCGGCACGUUGACAAACCACGCAUCUAGCAGGCUAAACCUUUAGCUUCUGAGGCCUUGUGAAUUUUUCUACAAAUUAAAGGACAUAAUUUGUUUAUUGCUUAAGUCCACGCCGACAAAUGAGGUUGUAACAAUGGCCUCACUGAAAUUCCGUGCGGAUUAGCAUGCUAGCUAAAGCUAGCCUAUUUUGACAGAUCAUGGAAUUGACAUGCUCAUUGUCAUCGUAUGCUAGCAGCCGCUAACAGGCAACUGAGCCAAAACGUGCGAUCCAGCGUCAAACAAACAACAGCGGAUUUGCUUCUUGUCCCCGAAAAUAUAGAAAGGAGAUGCAUUCGUGGAAAAUGCACAGCAGCGCGUUAUGUUAUUGUCCAGAUGAAGGUCCUUAGUUAGCUCGGGGCUGUAACGCUGGCCAUGCUAGCUAGCGAGUCUCAACGUGUGCGAGUCAGUCCCUCCCCGCUAAAUUUAAGAUCACACUCUCAAUCGAUUGAAAAUGUUAAAUCGUCAAAUAUUAGUUAAAACCGCUUAUUUCAUGUUCGGUUUUGGUUUUCACCGAAGGUUUGUGGUUACUUUUAACUGUAGCAGAAAUGUUUUCAACCACAGAGACAGCACGUGCUUACCGAUAUCAGAUCGAUAAGCAGACAGGGGGGAAAAAGUUGUAUGAUCUGAUCGAGAGGACGGUGACUUGGUUAAACCUGAGACCAAAGAGACAACUGCAGCCCACUUUCUGUUGAGUUGAGCUUUGCUGGAUAGAUAAUGUUACAGAGUGCCAAUAGAUCUUAGCUCUGCACAAGUUUACUAUCAGGGACUCCCCAUACAAGCUCAUGGACACUCGUGGAGACACUGAUCACUAACUUAAAGCUUUUCCUGACAUAAUCCAUGCCGUCAAAGUGUCAGAAUACAAAAUGCUAAAUGGUGCAUACUUGGUCAUUGGUCAGUCACCGGAAACCCGGUCUUACUCUCUGCUGGAACACGUGUAUCGGCUCUCCAGCCUGUGCUGAAGUCAGCAGAGAGAAGGUAAGCUAACAUGUAAUUUAGAGACCAAUGAAGACGAUCUCCUCAAACGACCAAGAGGGCUGUGAUAGAGCAAAUGAACCUGGCUUGUCAUUUGCACAAACUUCAUAGCUUAGCGCAGAGAAGAGGGGGAAACACUGUCACGUGAAUACAAACUCGGUUGUUUUCUGUUCUAGGAUCUAAUUCCGUAUAUUUAUCAGGGGUGGUUGCAUUGUCUGUCUUUUGCACAGAACAGUGCUGAACAUCUGUCAACUGCCUGUACACAGGUGUCUUAGCUGCUCUUAGCUUCUCCUCAUACAAGCUGAGAGCUGAAAGUGAUAUUCAGGAUAGUGAAAAGUCUCCAGACCACAAAUCCAAACCACAACCGUAUCUUGUUUUGCGCAUAUUGACUUUUCCAAUUUGUUGAUAUUUUGUGCCUGUUAACAUGAAAUCAUUCUGUUUCCAAGAUCAUGAAGUGGCCAGACAUCUUUGACCAUGCAACUCUGAGACUUUGCACUCUCCUGAACACAUACCAAGUCUUGCCCUUGACCCAGGAUUAAUUUGGCUCAUUGCAUUUACACAGAUUUCUGGAGACAUGGCCACAGAACAUAUUAAUGGAAAUGGUCCAGAAGAACCAAUGGACACCUCUGCUGCAGUUACCCAUUCUGAGCACUUCCAGACUUUAUUAGAGGCUGGUUUACCACAGAAAGUUGCUGAAAAACUAGAUGAAAUUUUCAUAGCAGGUAAGGCACAAUGAAUAUACUUGCAUAUUCAAAUAUGCAAUUUUCUAUGUUUUAUCAAUUUCUUGCAUGUACUGUCAUUUUAUCACAUUUUAAACGGGGGAAUUGGGAUCCUGAAGCAACUUUUUGUGGUUUCCUACCAAAAUGGGUACUGCAGUGCUACAAAAUAUAAAAUUACACAUUACCAGUAUGAAAAUGUGUAAAUGAUUGCAGCAUUUGCAUUCCCUACAUGGUUGUAUCAUCACUGGUGUCAGGGCUAAUCAAUUGUCCUCUCCCUGGGAGUGUCUUGGUGAGCCUGUCCGGUCUCUCUGUUCAUUUCUAUGCAGUUUCUCUGCAACUCAUAAAGGGUUGCAGAGGGAUGAAUUGGUUCUACCGUAAUGUCAGCAACAGCUUAAGUGUCUCUUUCUUUGGUUAGAUCUUUGAAAACUUCCAUGGAGUGAGCCACACUUCCAGAGUUUGGGGGUCAUUUUAGGACUUAUUUGGUUGGGUCAGAUCUAGAAAAGUACUAGUCUGGCCUUUUCAGCCAGAUGGGGCUGAGGCAGAAACAAUGGCAGCAGCUGUCUGGUGUGUGGCUGCCUGGGACAGGUGAUGGCCCCUCCACAGAGGGGCCAACGCAGACCGGCUCAUUAGAAACUCCCAGCCACAGUAUAGAGUGGCACUGGCAUAUCGAGUUGCACUGUCACAUCUGUUGUGAUUAGUUCUGCAAAAAUGUGCUGGUUGGAGAGUAAAGUGCAGCCUGACUACUGAUACAGCUCCUUCAAAUUAAAAAGUUCCUGCCCCUCACUCCAUAUUCUGGUUGUGAUUAUUUAUCCAUUUCAUAGUUUGAAGGAUUUGUUUCGCACAGUGACCUACAUUAUGUGCUUCUCCAUCUUUUAAGUUGUACUCCAAUUUCUGCACAUCAGCACCAUCAUAGUAGAUCUGAAAACUUUGUCAUGUUGCUCCUUUGUAACUCACUUUUCUCUCUGUCUCUGUCCUCCCCUCUUCAGGUUUAGUGUCACACAGUGACUUAGAUGAUCGAGCGAUUGACGCCCUGAAAGAAUUCCAGGUGGAAGGUGCUCUACAAGUCCUUUUGCAAUUCAAGGACAGUGACCUCUCACAUGUUCAGGUAUGGUCAUGCAGGUGUUGUGUAACUUGCAUCCUUCAUUUCUGAUGCCUUUGUGAAGAGUGGAUGUUUAGGGCGUUUUAUACUGGCUGAUGUUUUAUUAGUGGAGGUGUGUAGGUUUUUUUUUUCUAUCUAUGUUCCAAUUAAGAGUUUGAUAUUCAUGUUCCAAAUUUUGGAUUUUCCUGGUCAAGGCAUCUGCACAGCAAAAGCUCCAAGUUCAUGUAGGUCAUUAAAAUCAUUACACUGUAUAUCCUUGAGAAUUUAAAGCUCUGCAGUUCAAAAAAACAAAAAUAAGAGCCUUGAGGCUUAUUCCUCAUAUUUUCAAAGUAAAAAAGUUUAAAAGAAAAAAGCCAAGAAAAAACUCAACAGCACGUUUCUGGGUUUGCUGUAAUGAAAAAAAGUGUAUAUGAAUUAUGUAAACAGAGUCAAACAAACAGCCCCUACAGCCUUUUCCUGUUAUUAAAUAAUGAGCGGUGUUUUGCUGCAGGCAGGCCUCAGUGUCUGCUCAUACAGGUAGCUAACCCAGGAGAGAUAUAGCUAACCCUUGAGGCUGAAGUUUCAACACUUGCGUGACAGUCAACAUUUAAAAAAGGAUCAGAUCGGACUGAGUUUGAGAACUAGCCAAUGUCCCUGAGACGCGAUUGACACACCCCGGUCUCAUAACCUGUGUGGAGCCAAGAAUCAGAAGUUGUGGUCAUGAUGUUGUUGUAAUUUCUGUUUGCCAUUUUGUGUUUCACAGAACAAAAGUGCCUUUCUUUGUGGCGUGAUGAAGACGUUCAGACAGAGAGAGAAACAAGGGACCAAAGUGUCAGACACCAAUAAAGGACCAGAUGAAGCCAAAAUCAAAGUGAGGACCGGUCCAUUAAAAGUUUGAUUGUAUCUGGUCGUGAGUGCUUUUUUUCCCUGUUCCAGUGUAUCUUUAUUUGAUUUUCAAUGUUUUCUGAUGAUCAGGCUUUGCUGGAGAGGACUGGCUAUACACUCGAUGUGACAACUGGUCAAAGAAAAUAUGGGGGUCCGCCACCAGAGUCCGCCCACUCGGGGGCACAGCCCACCAUCGGUACAGAGGUACAAAUCCGUCACUCCACUGUACUCAGUAAACUUAUCAAUGCGUCGGUGAUGGAGCUUUUGGGGGAGCUUACAGUUGGGAGCAAAGAGCUUUAACUUUAAAUCUGGUGUCCAAAUGAUGAAUUUUUAUUGUCCUCUAUAGUAACUAUGGUUACACUGAUAGUUUACCGCUAAGAGCUGACUGGAUACCUUCAUUUAUCUUAAUUGUUGUUAAUGUCUGAAAGAGUUGUUCUUACCCACUUCCUUUCUCUCCUCUCCACCUGGCAGAUAUUUGUAGGCAAAAUCCCCAGAGACCUUUUUGAGGAUGAGCUGGUUCCACUGUUUGAGAAAGCCGGCCCUAUCUGGGACCUCCGCCUGAUGAUGGAUCCUCUCAGUGGCCUGAACAGAGGCUACGCCUUUGUCACUUUCUGCACUAAAGAAGCUGCACAGCAGGCUGUCAAAUUGGUACGCUUAGUCUCCUGCAAGUACGAGCGGGACGGGACAGGGGGUUUUGGAUUGGUUAAAAAAUUCAGCUGACAGUCAAAUAAAGUUAUUGUUGGACAUAAUGUUUGGAAAGUUAGUUGAGUCGAGUUUGAAGAAAUACAUGUGUGGAUACCGACACAAAUUUCCGAAGACUACAAUGUGUUUCUCAUGUUUUUUUUCUCCUCUGUUAUUUGCAUUGUCCUCUCUUCUUCAAUAGUGCAACAACAGUGAAAUUCGACCAGGUAAACACAUCGGUGUGUGCAUCUCUGUGGCCAAUAAUAGACUGUUUGUUGGCUCCAUCCCCAAGAGUAAAACAAAAGAGCAGAUUGUUGAAGAAUUUGCAAAAGUCACAGGUGAGUCAGCAAACAUCCUCAGAAUUCUCUAUCACAUCACACUCGGUGUAAUAUUUAUUUACUUCACUCCCACAUGUAUCUGAGUUUUUGCUUAUGAGUUAACUUUGCUUAAAUUCUCUGAUAGAUAUAGCGAGAAAAUCCGUGGGUGAAGAGUGAAUGUUAAAAAGUGAAGACAUGUUUGAAGUUGUCCUCAUUAGUGUCCCAAUGAUGACCUUAUUACUAUGCUGGAGUGACUCAUGUUACUUUGAUGGUUUACCGCUAAGAUCUGACUGGGCACUAAAAAGAGAGCUCUGUUUUCUUUCACAGUUAGGUGUCAAAACUUGGUCCUUUCCAUGUUUGUACAGGUGGAUUUGUUAAUCUGCCAUUAAUGCGACUGUCCACUUUCCCCCUCCCGCUUGUCUUUGCAGAGGGUCUAAAUGAUGUCAUAUUGUACCACCAGCCUGAUGAUAAGAAGAAGAAUCGGGGCUUUUGCUUCUUGGAGUAUGAAGACCACAAGACAGCAGCUCAGGCCCGCCGCCGGCUGAUGAGCGGCAAGGUUAAGGUGUGGGGUAACGUGGUCACCGUGGAGUGGGCUGAUCCCAUCGAGGACCCUGACCCAGAGGUCAUGGCAAAGGUAAGGGACAGGUGCCAUCUGUAUUUGUGAUAUUAAACCGUCUCCUGCAGUUUUGUUUGUUGCUCUCUUCCAAAAAAAAUCAAACCAAAAUGUGGCUUUGUGUCUUAUCAGGUCAAGGUGCUUUUUGUGAGGAACUUAGCGAGCACUGUCACAGAGGAGAUACUUGAAAAGACCUUCAGUCAGUUUGGGAAGCUGGAGCGGGUGAAAAAAUUGAAAGACUAUGCCUUUAUCCACUUUGAAGAAAGAGAUGGUGCUGUGAAGGUAAGAGGAAAAAAGCCAUAAAGUAACAUGGAAGGCAUUUAUUACAAACUAAAACCUUAAAUUCACUUGAAUGUUACUCUCUGUAUUUAUUCACCAGGCUUUGGCUGAUCUGAAUGGCAAAGACCUUGAGGGAGAGCACAUUGAAAUCGUCUUCGCCAAGCCCCCAGACCAGAAGAGGAAAGAGCGCAAGGCCCAGAGACAAGCCGCAAAAACACAAAUGUAAGACAAUACACUCCAAGUGAAGUCUUUUUAACAUCCAUCAAAUGAAACUGAACGUGAAGCAGAAAGCCAACUUUACAAUGCAUCUGAAUCCUCAAUCAGGUAUGACGAUUACUAUUACUAUGGGCCUCCGCACAUGCCACCACCCACCAGAGGCCGCGGUCGAGGAGGGCGGGGAGGUUAUUCUUACCCCCCUGACUACUACGGCUAUGAAGACUAUUACGAUUACUAUGGAUACGACUACCACAACUAUCGGGGCGGCUAUGACGACCCAUACUAUGGCUACGACGACUUCCAGGGGUCUGGGAGAGGCCGAGGAGGGAGAGGUGGAGUUCGUGGCAGUGCCACUCAGACCAGGGGCCGUGGUUCCAUCACACCAAGGGGCCGACUGGGCUUUUCCCAGCGAGGAGGCCCUGGAACAAGCAGAGGUGCGGACAGAAGUUUUGUACGUUAGUCUGCAAAAUUAAAUGGAAAAUAAACAAGGUCAGUCCCAUUGUCCCACACUUUAGAUAAAUGCUGCUAACAGGCGAAAAAUAACUCUUGAUUUUGUGCCUGUAGUCAUUUGUUGCCUGGUUCUGAAUUCAGUUCUUAAAACCUGCGUAUUUUUGUCAGUUGUAAAUUUGCUCAGUUCAGAUGCUGGAGAAUCAAAAGCUUUGCAAACAGGAGACAGUUUAAGUCAGAAAACUGAAAGUUAAGGACUGCUUUUGGAGCAUUCAUGGGAAUUUUAGAAAGGGUUUUGGUCAUAAAUUAGGGAAGCAUCCACAAAACCUGAACCUGCUGAUUGCCCUCGUAUCUAAUCUCUGCACAGGUGUCAUCAGCAUGAUAGCAUGUUUGCCAGCAGGCAAAGGUCACUCACAAAGAACUCCAUUGUUAAGAAAGCAGUCAAAUUCAACACUUGUUACAAAACCAUUUCAAAUCAAAAGUCUCUUUGAAUUCAUGAGCUUAAUUCUUGGAAAUCGGGCUGUAAUCGCUGAUAUUGAUGGAAAAUGUGUGGGUGUGUAUUGGGCUUUCUUUUUCGGUACUGAUUUUCUCUCUCUUUAUUGGUUCAGCAGGGAAACGGGGUCGAGGGCGGUCCUGACCUGUCACAGUGGAUACUGACUUGAUGUGUGGGGUUACACCGUAAGCUGCAAUGGAUGUUAAAAGAAAAAAAAAAAAGAGCGCAACAAAAAAAAAGGUCCAAUGAAAUUCCAGCCUUACAGAAGAAGCAUCCCCUCCCUGCCCCCUUUUUUAUUUUUAUUUUUUCUGAAACUGCCACCUUAAAAAAAAAAGAUGGAUGAUUUUAAAUCACCAUAGCCUAUUUGCCCUACCCCCUAUACCCAGCCUCUGAUACUCAGAGCUGUGUAUUGCCCUUACAAUCUCCCCCUUCCCUGUCCCUGAACAUGCCAUUUUUAAAUAAUUAUUGAAGAAUUUGCACUUUUUAAGUUUUUAGGUUUGAAGUGGCUCAAAAGAGCUUGAUGCUAUUGUAUAUUUUUGUGCUAAUCGCAAUUUUUAUUGUCGGAAUAUCCAUGUCCAAUCUUAAUCGUUUGAUCUGGAUGUUUGACAGAGAACAUUUGCAGGUUUUAGGGUGUACCCACCUGGCAUGGAUAAGUCAGGCAUUCCAGGAAGUGGUUCUUUUCAGAACUUGUCUUUAAAGGGUUGGUUGACUACCUCAGUACAGAGGACUAAACUACCCGGCCUGUACUGUAAAUAGGGAAACUAUAUUGAUGAAAGCAGGGCUUGUUUUUAAACAAAAUAUGCACAAGAGCUGCAGCGCAAAAACGAUGUACUUAAUGUAAUAUAGUCAUUUUAGCUGCAGCUCUGACACUGCAAACAGUCAAACUGGGCAUGCAAAACAAUCUCAUAAGAUGAGUCUGAACAAGCCCUGCUUUUAUCCUAUUUUGAACUGAAUUAGCCGCCUUGCUUCUUCAGAGUAUGUAGUUACUGGUUGUAUAGUUUUUCGGAUAAAAUGUUACUUUUGUAAAGGCUUAAAAUCAGAGGCAUCCAACUGCCUUUGAUUUAAAAAAAGUAAAACAAAAAAUAAAGCCCUGCAGUGUCCCUUUUGUGCCACUGUAUUAUUCCAUUGGGUUUGUUUUUUUUCUCUUGAUACAACACAUUUUCAAACAACAACUGAAUAAUGUAAAACAACCUAGUCGGAUACAACAUCUAAAAAAAAUCAUGUUAUUCUGAAAUGAUCCCUUCCCAUCUCUGAAGACAGCAAUCCUGUAGAAGAUCUUUCAAGUUAAUCUUGACGGAUGACUGAAUUGCCAUAUUGCUCAACCACGGAGCAUGUGUGCCUAACAUUAGCUGCUGGGAUUUGGUGAGGGAUCAUAGUCAUCUAGUGGUAGAAGGGAUACUGCAGUGAAUGAUUUCUAUUUCCGGGUAUAGCAUAAAGGAAACUGCUCUUCAAUCCCAGUUUUCUAUACAGUUAACUCCCUCAAUAAAAUCAUAACAACCACCUUUUGAAAAAAAGAUGUUAGCAGUUUUAAACUAUUGUUGGUGGCCAACAACGUUUUUUGCAUUCCUGCAAAUAAAUUGUUUUAUACUGUAAAAUGGAGGUGAGUGUAACUUAUUUUUGUAAUAAAGUUUUUGAUUUCUAUCUGUGUCUUACUCUUUCGAUAAAAUCUUGAUGAGAUACAAAUUGGCUUGUGUUUGAUUCCGUUUGAUGUCAGGUAUUUCUUGAAACUUCCCAUUUUUCUUUUGAAUGUACUGUAUCGCAAAAAAAAAUGAUUGUAUGCACUAAGAAAGGUGAACAUUACCAACACAGUAACAGUAUUGAAACUGAAUAGUGAAUUAAACCCACUGCAGUUUACAUGUGAAAGUGUGAUAAAAACUGAUCAGGAAAACUUACUUUGCUCACCCUGUUAAGACAGUCAUGAAAACAGUCUAUUUUAAGUUCAGUAUGG